AUGUACACAGAGCUUGGAGAUACCAUCAGAGCUGAGAAACAGACACUCUACUAUGAGAUAUUUGAGAAUAUGAGGCAGAAGUUCUUCAUAAUGAUUGACAUAGUCAAGAUCAAGAGGAAACUUCUAGAAUUGUUUAUUAGUGAGGAGCUCAAGAUGAAUGCUGAGGACAAAGUCCAAUUUGUAUUUAAGAAGCAAGUGCAGCUCAUUUGA